UAAAGAGAGUGAAAAAUGGUUAAUCUCUCACAGCUUGUCACAGCCCUGUAUCUCUUGGAACUGCUUCUGAUAGGACUACAAUGGCAAUUAUGCGGUGGGACAGUUAUCUACUCAUCACAAGGAGCUACUGUGGCUCUGCCAUGUGGCUCAAAUACUCACAGAUCCUGCUCAGCGGUCCUUUGGAGAUUCAGGGAGAGGUUCAUAUUUUUUAAGGAUUUAGUCCAUUCUGGGAAGGUGACAGACUUCAAGAGCAGAGGCGGGAGAGUGAGUGUGGGCCCAGACUGUUCACUGCACAUAUCUAAUCUGAGUACAGAGGAUGGAGGACAGUACACCUGUGAGGAUGGAGCCAUCUCUGCAAACACAUCUCUUCAACUGCUCAACAUAACUGUGACCCCAAACACUGGCCUCAUGGCCAGAACAAAGUCAACUCUAAAUUGUUACUUGUCUGUCUCCACCGGUGUUGCAUUUUGUAACCACACUGGGGUAAGUCUCCGCUGGGUAAGUGAGACCGGCGCUAAGUUAUCGGGCAGCAGGUAUGAGAUCUCCCAUCCAUCUCCAUGCUACUCCAUCCUAGCAGUGAAACUCACAAGGACAGACCAUAAUAAGAUCUGGAGGUGUCAGCUGAUCGAGGGGAAGGAAGUGAAGACCACACAGAGCUAUGUCACCAAACUCAUAGACGGUGUAGAGGAAGUGUUUGCAGUAGUAGGAGGGCCUGUGACUUUGCCCUGCACUGACCCUGCACUCCUUGGUGCGGGAGAAAUAUUUCAGUGGUCUAUGGGAGAAAAAACCGUGAUUACUCAGACCCAGGAGGACGAUGACGCAGCAUUGGCCAACAGAAAGAUCCAAGGUUUUAUAGUGAAACCAGACUCUUCAUUACUAAUCAAGUCUGUGACAACAGCACACUCUGGAAACUACAAGUGUUCACAGCUCAACGACGCAGGCCUCGCCACCGCACACAGGAGAAUACUGCUGCACACACUGGAGGUGAAUAGAGACCACACCAGCGUUCCUCCCCAGCAAAACAGCAACUUUACUCUCACCUGCUCACUCACCUGUGCAGAUGCCUGUGAGAAAAACAUGAAUUUGACUUGGCAUCGCAGUGCAGCGGCCGGCCAAGAGGGCGGAACUUUUGUGCAAGUGAACAACACCCUGAUCUCCCAGCUAUUUGUCCCUGAGCUUGAAGUCUCAGAGAGGAUUGUGUGCAUCGUGCUGAGGGAUGGGACAGAAAGAGUGACACAAGGCUGGGCAGUGCAAGUUGAUUAUACAUUGCCUGUUAUAGUAAGCUGUGUCCUUCUACUGAUACUGCUACUUUCUGCUACUGGAGUGGGAAUCUAUUUGAAGAGGAAGCAAGAGACACACACUGGAGAUGAAUAUGCCAAUUUCAGAGUGGGAAACCAUAUGGCUCUUUACGAAGAGUGUGGGGAGCCAGCCUAUAAAAGAGCUCCAGAGAAAAUUGACUUGGGAGGUGCACACUCAAUUAGCACCAUUUAUGCUCUGCAGUCAGCUGUGAACCAGUAAUAACCACUGGCUACCAAAGCUCAAUUGACUCCUGGUUCCCUCUACUCUUCAUUAUAUUUUUUCCAAGCUUAUCUCAGUUUCGCAUUUCACAAGAUUUCAGAAAAUGUCUACAUUUUACGUAUUGUUUUGCACUAAAUAUUUUUUGACAUUUGUCAUUUUCCUUUUUAGUGAGAGAAAAGUCACAAUUUUCAAUUUCUCAUGGAAAUUCAUUAAUUGUAAGUACAGUAUGUGGACUUUUUCAUAAACAAUGAAAAAUAAAA